UAUGCAAAUACUAUGACACAAAUCUGACCAUCAGCAUCACUUUGUCAUGUCAAGCUGAGACAGGUACCAAUGUGGUCGUCCCUGGGACAUUCCACGCCUCCUCACAUCGAACUAGACCGGUUGGUCAUCCUCUUGCCUAUGCUUCAAAACAAGGGAUGCACUUCCGUCACACAACGACAAAGGAGGUUGCCAUCGUCCUGGUAUACUGACAACAAAAGAGAGCGCCAGGCACGAUAAACCCGAAACAACCGUCUCCUCAUGCUCGAGCAAUGGCGCCUUCGAGGUCUCUCCUUCAACAAAUCAUGGACAGUCAUUCAACCUAAUUCUUUCCAAUGCCGGUAAAUAGGUCCCGAUGGCAAUGGUCAACGAGGUCGAAAGCGACAACCAUCUCCCGCUGUGGUUGGCAACCAAAUUCCCGACGUCGCACAGAAGGCGUGCAGACAGGGGUAUUCAAUACCGAUGACGACCUCCAGAGUCCACGAAACUGGCCCAGCUCAGACAAUGGCUCACGGUGGCCCUCAGCACCGCCGUCAUCUUCCUUACAGACCAAGAUGAGGCCCCAGCGUCAGGUGUCAUCUCCCACGAGUUACACAUGGAAUCCCAUCAUGUUCGUCUAUCAGCGGUGCCGUCCGGAAAUAUCGCAAUCUCUCGGUCUCUUUUCCCAACGCAUAUUUCCACCGAUAUUUUUGGUCUUAUCGCUGUAUUAUCGACAGAUUAUCACCGGCGUGUUCAGCGACUAUUUCGGGCCGACAACCGGGAGAGCCAUCGAUGUCAUGAACAUGACUUUGUUCUCGUCUCCCGGUCGGCGCCAUCGUCGGCGGGUUCACCAGCAGGCUGCAUGCUCAAGGGUGAGCUUCUUCGCAACCUCGGCUGCUGCUGCCGUCCUCAUCUGCGGAAUUCAGCCUUUACAGUACAUCCAGGUCUUGGCUGUAUGGCAGACCGGCUGGACCAUUGCGGCAGCCCCAUGACCGAGAGCGCUUUCUAGGCUGACAGGAAUGUGUAAAAAGACGUUUGCAGAUGAUCAAAGAAAAAUUUGAUAGACUCCUAUUGAUCGACAAGCUGGUGAUACUCGGUUACGUCAAGGUUCACAUGAAAAAAAGCGCCGCCAUAAUGGCCCGUCUGGCCACGUGACCCGGCAGAUCCCGGAACAACGUUGAUACGGCGAACCUC